AUACGUAUUUACAUCUUGUAUUUGAAAUACUUUUUUUAUUUUUUAUUUUGUAUCUGAUAUUUAGAUACAUUUUACUGAUAUCUUAGUAUUUUGAAGAUACUUUGUUCUCCAAGAUACUUUUACUGAAGUAAACUUCGCAGUUUUUCUAACCGAACGCAACUGAACGUAGCGCGUCGUUUAAAAAUUUGGUCAAUAUUGUCGGAAUUCGGGAAUCAAAUAACAGAUGGCGACACUAUCUUUCUACAAAUGUCAUCAGCUAAGAUGUCUGUCACUCCUGUCGGCUGUCACUCAUUCCGUAAUUUUUUCGUGUGCACAUGUUGUAGGUAUGGUGUUUUAAAUUAAAUAAUAAAUAACAAUAUCGCCUUUGUGGGAUUCGGGAUCGCGAACAUGGAAACGGAUAAAGAGAACAAGUUGAGUAUACCACUCAUUUUAAAGUACUGCUUCAAAGAUAUUAAACAAGUGGAUGGAAGUGAUGUGAAUGUAUCUGCAGUGUGCAAUGUAUGUUCAAAAACGAUAAAGGGUAGUGUUACUUCUACUACAAAUUUCCUGAAGCAUUUAAAGAUUAAAGGCCACUCAGAUCUAUUGCAAGAUUAUGAAAAUGUUAAAAACACAACUCUUAAAAAAAGAAAACUUACUGAGAUUAGUAACAGUGGUGCAAGUGGUUCAGAAUCAACAUGUAAAAAAUUGAAGCAGUCUCUUCUUACAGAUGUAAGCGGUUCAAGAUCUGUUAAUUUGGACAAGUUGAUUGUACAAUUUAUUGUUGACACCAUGUCACCAGUAUCAAUAGUGGAGAAUAAGUAUUUUAAAGCUUUAAUUGAAGGUUCACAGCAACUAACUAAGCCUCCAAAGGUUAUGUGUCGUAAUACAGCUAAGAAUAAAAUUAGUAAUGAGUACAAUGAAUUUAAGAAAAACCUUAAGCUAGAGUUGGACAACGUCGAAUUUGUGUGCAGUACAGCUGAUAUUUGGUCUUCAUCUAAAAGAAGUUACUUGGGGGUUACAGUCCAUUGGAUUGAAAGUGAGAUGUUUGAAAGGAAAAGUGCUGCAAUUGCUUGCAGAAGAUUCAAGGGGGCUCACACAUAUGAUAAAGUUGCUGAAAUGAUAGCUGAUAUACAUUCAGACUAUAAUCUGAAACUAUCAAAAAUUGUUAAAACGGUUACAGAUAACGGCUCAAACAUGGUUAAGGCUUUUGAGGUAUUUGGAAAGUCUGAUUCAGAGGUAGUUCUAAAUGAACAUGUUUCACAUGCAUUUGGAGAUCUUGAAAAAACAUCACUUGAUGAAGGUAGUGAAGAUGAUGAUUCACUUCUAGUACUACAAGCUUUUCCAGAUGCUUCAUCAGACUUAGAAGGUGAUUGCCUUCUGCCCGGACAUGAAAGAUGUGCUACACACACUUUACACCUGAUUGCUAGUACUGAUUUCAAACAAGCAAGAACCAAAAAUACAUUUUAUAAGAAACUACAUGACACAGCCUUAUCAAAGUGCCAAGCACUGUGGAACUUGUGUGCUAGAUCCCCAAAGGCAUGCGAGAUAUAUUUAGAAAUAACAGGGAAGUCACCAACUUCUCCAUGUGCAACUCGAUGGAACUCCUACUAUAAUUCUAUACAAGAUCUUUUAGCUGUACAGAACCGUUUGAGUGAAGCCUUGAAAAUGUUAAAGUUACCACAGCUGAAAGAAAAUGAAAUUCACUUUUUAAGUGAAUAUGUGGAUUGUUCAAAGCCAAUAGCAGAAGCUAUACAAAGCCUGCAAGGGGAAAAAGAUACUUAUUAUGGCUGUCUGUUACCGGAAUUAUACAGAAUCCAACAUGUUAUCAAAAGCCUCAGAACGGAAAAUCUGAAAUACUGCAGCCCUCUGCUUGAUGUAUUGGAAGAAAACCUAGAGAGACGGUUUAAACGGUUUUUGCAGUUGGAACCAGCAGCAAACGAUGCUAUAUUAGCCUCAGUGUCCCAUCCCAUGUUUAAAUUAAAAUGGGUACCAAAAGCGCGAAAGGAAUAUGUAAAAGAACUUUUUCUGUCUGAAACAAGAAAGAUCAAUCGAUCUGAAAAACAAAAAUCGGAGGCUUUAAACAACAUUGAAGGUGAAAUAAAAAAAAAGACAAAAGAUGAAUCUUAUUAUAUGUUUCUAGAGGACUCCGAUUCCUCUAUUGCUAGUGGCGAAAACACAAGCAGCACCAGUGAUUUAGAGACACUCCAGUACCUCAACAAUAAAGAUGCAAACUUUAAGAGCUUAAAUGCUUAUCCUACAGUAAAAAAAAUAUUCCUAAAAUAUAACACCUGUUUGCCCAGCUCUGCCCCUGUGGAGCGACUCUUUUCCUUUGGGGGCAUGAUCAUGAGGCCUCAUCGAAGGAAGAUGACUGACAAUAUGUUUGAGGAAUUACUUUUACUCAAAUCUCAACUAAAGCAUUAAAAUUAUGAGUCUCUAUUUUAAUACCUUCAUAUUUUGUCUUGUUACAUUUGCCUGAUCCUUGUUAUCAACGCGAUCUAUUCGAAAAUUGUUUUCUCGAACGAAUAAACUUAGAUAAGUUCAAUUAAA